GCGCACACGCACGCACAGUCCAGGAUUUUCCUUCACUCUCCGGUUCCUAGAUGCUCGAAGCCGCGCUUGUCAUACCAAAUUAAUUUCCACUAUCGCUGGCUGGUAGUGACCGUGGCCGUCUCAGAUAGGGUUUCAAUAUCUUAUUGUCUAUUUUUUCUUUCUGAAUGGCUACAUCGGGUGGAAUAGAAGGAUGUAUGCUGCAGCGAGGCAGAUCUCAAAGUGACCCCAACAUCCUCACUGAGACCAGCAUCGAUCAAGCGCACAGCACAGAUGUGAUGGACCAGCAGAGGGCACUCCGCUCCGGCUGCCUGGUGACAGGGGUACGCACGCCCCCCAUUCGCCGCAACAGCAAGCUGGCAACCCUCGGACGUAUCUUCCGGCCCUGGAAAUGGAGGAAAAAGAAGAAUGAGAAAAUGAAGCAGAGCUCUACGGGUGAAUGAAGCGUGGAGUCACAGGCUGAUCACUUCGUCUAUUUGUUCUAUUUAUUCUAUCUAAUAAUCAGACCCCAGUCAACCACAGUCCUGUUAAGGGUUGUGUGUGUUUCAAACUUGCCUCAAAAGAAACAAUGUUUCCGCAUGAGAAACUUGAAGAAUUGGGGUAUUUUGUGGUGGUAACAAGAGAUGAAGCGGUACUUACAAUCCCUAAUAUUAACAACCAUAAAUCAGAUAAUACGUAGUGUGUUGGUGGCUGUGUCUGAGGUUUUGGAGAUGCGUUGAUAUUGUGAUAUUGGUUUUAAAAUGGAUGAGUUAGCAGUUGAGGUGCCUCUGUUUGUGGUGUUGGACAUCAGCUUGUAACCAUCAGGUUGUGGUUUUAUUUGCAAAGAACAAACUUGUGUCCCCUUUGAAAUAAGUCUCUUAUUGAUGGUGGUCUCCAUAACACAGUUGAAUUCGUGAAAGCAGGUCUGCAGUAACAUUAUUGGCUGAAGUAUAUGACUCUGAUAGAUUUAUUUGUAAAAAGUGUAUGUAUGAGUUUCUGUGAGCAUACGUGAUAGAUUACUAAGCAGUCGUGCUUUUGUGAUACUUUCUUAUGGAGCAGUAGAUUUGUGAAAACUGACUAAGGGUAACUGGCCACAUGGUUAAUGAUUUACUUUGUAACAAGGGGCCAGUGGCAGCUCAGCCCAUAUCACAGUGUAUGUGGUAAGUACCACAGUUUGGAACAGAUAGUCAGUGGUACAUAUCUUAGUCAGUAACAGGCUGUUUGUGGUGCACGGCUCUGUGGGUAACAGGCUGUUAGCGAACCAGAGCCCAGUCAGUGUGCCCCUGUUAUGUAGCCCAGUCAGUGU